GUACUGUUUAUCUCUUCCUAUCCUUUCCUCAGUUCCAGACAAAAAUGUCCAACGAGCAACUAGAAUCGUAUCAAAAUGAGCUCAUAGAGCACGCCAUGGCCAUGGACGCGCUUAAAUUUGGCUCGUUCGCACUCAAAUCUGGCCGCAUCUCUCCCUACUUCUUCAAUGCCGCUCUCAUGAGCACUGGCCCGAUCCUCAGUACGCUCGCCAACGCCUACGCGUCUACGAUCGUCGCUGCCCAGUCCGCCUCAUCGAACCCGCUCCCCAGCUUCGACGUUGUUUUUGGGCCAGCUUACAAGGGGAUUCCCUUCGCAGCAUGUACGGCAGUCGCUUUGCACGCGACGCACGGCGUUUCUGUCGGGUUUGCGUACGAUCGCAAAGAGGCGAAGGAUCACGGUGAGGGGGGUUUAUUGGUGGGUGUUCCUGUCAAAGGAAAGAAGGUGUUGAUAUUGGACGAUGUGAUGACGGCGGGUACGGCUGUGCGAGGUGCGAUUACAACUAUCGUAAGAGAAGGCGGAGAGGUUGUUGGGGUCGUGCAGCUGUUAGAUCGGGAAGAGGUUGGGAAAGAUGGACGGAGUACGGUGGAUGAAGUCGAAGAGGUGGUUGGUGGGAAGGGGAGAGUGAAAGCAGUGUUGAGAAUGAGAGAUCUAAUGAAGUGGUUGAAGAAGGAAGGAAAGGAGGACGUACUGACAAGUAUGCAGGCAUACUGGGAACAAUACGGCAGAAAAGAAUAGUCUUAGAGCGAUGGGCAGACGUAGAGACAACGCUGAACCCAAAAAUUGAUUUAUUCAACAUCAACACGAGCAGAUACACCACACAUAAUAUCAAGAUACUUAUUGAAAUACAUCCUCUCAAAUGCUUUCAACUUUUACGAAUCUCCUAGCCGGUGUCCUGAACCCCAGUUGUAUCCAGUUCUUGGGGCGCCAGCGCUUUCUUCUGCCCUUCGUCUUGGUGCGUAAGAUGUCACACCGUCUCGGUGCAUGCCAGUACUGGGCGUAAUACUAGUUUCUCCGAACCAGUUUCGCAACCAUCCUGGAGCCUGCCCAUAACCUGCCAAGCGCCCCUGUUCUGCACCACCAGCACCAGUUCCAGAGCCCCAUACGAACCACCACCAUAAGUGGCCUACGAUCAUCCCACUAACUCCCUGUGCUGCAGCUCCGGUUCC